AGAAGGAGAGGAAGGAGAGAGAGAGAAGAGAGAGAGAGAAGGUUUGCUGCAUUGAGAGAGCAACAGCCCAGCACUGGAGGAGCAUCCAAGGUCAGCAGCAGCUGUGCCUGUCCCACAGUCACCACUCUCUGUUGCUCUGUCAAGCUCGUCGAACCACAUUGAAGCCAGGCAGGUAUAAUGCUGGCCCAGAUAUUUUGGACAGAAUGCCUUAAUCUUGCAUGUGGAUUCCUGAGAAAGCCAUGGUAACCUUUUUGUUCAGUCAAACAAUGAUGUGAACAGCUUCAUUUGAUAUAUGAUCAAGCUCAUCAUUGACUUGCUCUGGAUGGUCUCGGCUAUUCAUCUGAACAAUUCCCAUUGGACGUUGAUGUAAUGGCGGGCCUGGCUACCACAAUGAACUCCUCCAUGACAUCAGCUCCUUCGAUGUCCAUAGACAGACUUUUCCCAGCAUUGUUGGAGUGUUUUGGCAUAAUUCUCUGCGGCUAUUUCGCCGGGAGAAUUAACAUCAUUACUUCCACGCAGGCCAAAGGUUUGGGUAAUUUUGUCUCAACCUUCGCCCUCCCUGCUCUGCUUUUCAAAAACAUGGUGGUUCUGGACUUCACUCACGUUAACUGGAAUUUCCUUUUAAGUAUACUUGUGGCCAAAGUCGCUGUUUUUAUAAUUGUCUGCAUUCUGACCCUUCUGGUAGCCAGCCCAGAGAACCGAUUUAGCAAAGCAGGCCUCUUCCCAAUCUUUGCUACGCAGAGCAACGACUUUGCCUUAGGAUAUCCUAUAGUUGAGGCUCUGUACAUAGACACUUACCCAGAAUAUCUUCAGUACAUUUACCUGGUGGCUCCUGUCUCCCUGAUGUUGUUAAAUCCAAUUGGUUUCAUCUUUUGUGAGAUCCAGAAAUGGAAAGAAAACACAACCCACCAACAAAGCAAACUCAAGACUAUUGGGCUGGUACUAUUUCAGGUUUUCAAAAACCCAAUUGUAUUUAUGGUCAUUGUUGGAAUCUGUGGGAAUUUUAUCUUGAAACAAAAGAUCCCUGUGUUCAUGGGAGAAUUCCUGGAUGGUCUAUCUAGUUCUUUCAGUGGCUCUGCACUCUUUUAUCUUGGACUUACAAUGGUGGGACAGAUCAAGAAACUGAAAAAAAAUUCAUUUGUUGCCAUUAUUCUCCUCAUCACAGCUAAACUAUUGGUACUUCCUCUCAUAAGUCGUGAAAUGGUGGAAUUACUGGACAAUGGCAAUACUGAAGCUAAUUACACUAGUCUUUCAAACUAUGCAUUUUUAUAUGGUGUUUUCCCAACAGCACCAAGUGUAGCCAUAUUUGCAAGUCAGUACAAUAUGGAAAUGGAAAUUGUGACGCCUGGGAUGGUGAUAAAUACAUUUGUAUCUGCUCCCAUCAUGUAUAUGUCUGCGUGGCUCCUGACUAUUCCAUCCAUGCAUGCAAAGUUGUUGCUAUCUGCGUUACAGAGUGUCAGCUUUGAUAUAAGUAUUGUCACUCUGUUUUUUCUGAUUUGGUCUUUGGCUGUCAUGCUAUUGAGCAAGAAGUUCAAGCAAAUGCCUCACCUCUUUACAGUUAACCUGCUGCUUGCACAGUGUAUGGUCUCUGUGGGGAUGAUCAUGUGGUAUUUUAUCACCAAGCAAACUUAUCGCCUUGGCCAAGUUCUGGUGUUCAUUGUUUUGUACAGUUCUCUAUACAGUACAUACAUAUGGACAGGUCUGAUCGCAUUAUCAUUGCUCCUCUUAGAAAAAAAUACGAUUAAGCAAAGUGGAUUUUUCAUUGUUGCAGGAUGGGGGAUACCAGCACUCAUCGUGGGGAUCCUGUUGAUUACUGGGCACCCCAACACACGGAAUGAUUGUGAUUCAGCAUUCUUUUAUGGAAACGCUCAGGUCAUCAGUACUGCAGUGGUGUUAUCGUGUAGCAUACUUAUUGCGGGGUUGUCAUUGAUGUGUUUGAGUCGGAAUAGACAGCAGAACACUUACCAGAUCCUGGAACGUAACUCUGUCUCCAGCAAUGUUGUUGAGGAACCUAUGUUGAAGGACCAGAGUGAAAAUGUAGUUACAGUUAACAACGAACAGCCUGGGACGGAAUUAGUAGUUGAAAAAGAAAUCUGUGAAUGUCAAGUGAAAAAUGGAGGCGAAUUCUGUUGCGCGAGCCGGCAAGAUCCAAAUCACAGCAGAAGUGUGAAUGAAGCAUUACUGUGUCAAAAUGAGCAAUGCAGAACACUGUGCACCUCUGAAAACUGUAUGUUGGUACAAGAGGAACAGCUUCUGCAGAAUGCAGAUCCCCAAUUGGGCAGACAUGUGCUGCUGUGUCUGCUCCUCAUCAUAGGCCUCUUUGCUAAUGUCUCCAGUUGCUUGUGGUGGCUGUUCAACCACGAACCGGGGCGUCUGUAUGUUGAACUGCAGUUCUUCUGCGUAAUCUUCAACUUUGGUCAGGGGUUUAUUUCAUUUGGGAUAUUUGGACUCGACAAACAUUUAAUCAUUCUUCCGUGCAAAAAGAGACUGGAGUUCCUGUGGCAUGGAAGAGACAUAGCGGCACAAAAUGACAGUGCAAUAAGAGAAGAAAUGAAAAUGACCUGCCAACAGUUUGUUCAGUAUCAUAAGAACCAGUGUGCCAGUGACAUAGUAAAGGAGAGAAGGUGCGGUGCACAAAGCUACACAGAUGUCUUCCAGGGAUGUCAUCUUGUGGACUGGUUGAUUCAAGUGGGUCUGGCCCAUGAUCGAGGUGAAGCUGUGAAUUAUGGAAACCGACUACUUAAAGGUGGUGUCAUUCAGCAUAUCACUGAGGACUAUUCAUUUUGUGAUGAGUCUCUGUACUAUCGUAUGAUGCCGAUGGUGCCGUAUGAUCUUAACCGUUAUUAGAACUACUUGAGAAACUCAGGAUGAAUCCUACAAAAUGUUCCUUUUUAUUUUGAUAACACUGGUAAUUUAUCAUUUUAAUGUGUUUUUAUUGUGAGUUCUGCAUAUUAUUAACCAAAGAGUUUAAAAGUCUUGGCUGUUGAAAAACAAUUGAUAUUGUUUCAAAUCUUACCAAGGUUUAAAAUACACGUUACCUGAGGUUAUAUAAACCUUUGUACAAACUAUAAACCUACUGAUUAUGGAACAUGAUUCGCUGUAAAGCUCUGUUGCGUUGAAGACUCUGUGAGACUACACUGAGCACAUUUGCUUUCCAUUUGAGGAGAACUAAGCAAAGCUGAUAAAUAUGUAUUUGAAGCAAGUGGGAGGUUACGAAGCAAACCACCAUUGCGUCUGUGCCAUAAAGUUACUCAAAAAGGUUUAACCUUUUUUUGUGGCCACGACAGUAAAAUAUAACAACUCGUAUCUGUGUUCGCAGCUUCAAUGGAACAGAACGGGUAGGUUCAAGCUUUUGUAAUAAUUUUAAACACUGCACUUUAAAUUAGAUGUACUUUUAAACCAUAUGUGAAAGGCAUGCAGAAAGAAGUCGGUAUGAAAGCUGAAUCCUCCAAUUCUAUUUAUUCAGAGUGUUGCACUUUUUUUAACCUCCUACUUAUUUCUCUGAUGCUGAAAAUGGAUUGUUACUUUUAACUUGAUUUACAGCAAUAUAAUGCUGUUUUAAAAAAAAUACUGAAAUGAUCUGUGAACUGUUGGAAUGUCUUGGUAUUGUAAUAAAUAAUUUGAUAUGUU